AAUUAUAAGUUUUUCUUGUAUUAUAAAUUUAUAAAAGUUAAUGGAAAACAGAUAAAUUUAUACCGACAAUUGAUAACAUUAAACUCUUAUCUUCAGAUCACACUUUAAAAUCGCGAGAAUAACAUUCUCGACACGCGAGAAUAACUCGAUAAACAAUAGUGACACGAUAGAUCUAUGACGACUGUGAUUACAUAUCAUGUGCUGCGAAAAACUGAACGUUCGCCCGUCAAGCAGGAAACUUCCGCAGUCCAUGUACCGAGCGGUACGGUCGACGAGGUCUUUACUGCACAAUCAGCGAAAUCAACGACCGCACGCAGCAUGGCGUCGGCGAAGACGUGUGUCAUCCUGGAACGCGCACGAGAAGCGCGGUACGCCUCGUGUUUUGCGCUUUCUCAAAAGGAUUUUUCACGCGUACACAUGUCACCCGUAUUAAUAAAACUCCUUCCAUAAAGGCGCGAGGACAGGUGAGAAUCCGAAUGAGGAACGGAGUUGCAGAGUACGAAUGAAAGAGAGAGAACGUAAAAGCAAGAAAACAAGUGAUUGGCGUGUGUAUGUGUGUGUAUGUGGUGUGCGCGCACGCGUGGUGUGUGUGCGUGUGUGUGUCGCGUGCGUUCGUGAUGUAUGUGUGAGAAGAGAAAGAAAAAUCAGUAAAAUUGUGGAUACCUCGAGCGGGAUCGUUUCGGCACUUUCGGGACAACACUACUGACAAAUGAAGAGCCGAGACGGACCGUCACAGACCGCAUUAUCCGUAAAACAAAUGAAGAUGAACGUGACUGUAUCGCGAAGCGCACACGUAUGUAUAUAGGUAUAUGUGAGGCGCACACAUGCAUGGGCCUUGGUGUGCAUAUCUCUCUUCAUCUGUUUACGAACGAGCCGCUCGUGCGCUCCGGAUAUGGCGGCAAAUUUCGGUUGAAAAUUGAAAUGCCUUGCGAUGCCAUGGGACGGUGCUGAGCCGGUCCAGGGGGAGAGGGAGAGGGAGAGAGAGAGAGAAAAAGGGGGCGGAACGCAUCCCGUCUGCACGCGGAGCAACGCGGAGAGACCGCGGCGCAGUUGGUAAUCGAUGUCGACGGAGCCGAGUCGAGCGACGGAAAACACACGCGUCUGCCGCGGCGGCACGUUUGAAGCCGCCACUGUGGUGUGCGCCCGUCCCGUGUGCACACCGUGCAGCACACGUCGGCCACGUUUCGAAGCGCAGUGGCGACUUAUCAUGGCGGCGUGAUUUUUUUUUUAGGCUGCCAAUUCGGGUGUGUAUGUGUCUCUCUCGAGUCGCGCUCUCUGUCUUUCUUUCUGUCUCUCUCCCUCCCUUCCCCUCUCCCUCCACCCCCGCGCGUGUACGUGACGUAUCCCGCUCCCCGAGGAAUUCACGCUCGCGAGAGUUUAACUAACGGCUAGCGUACGAGUCGAGACGUGUGAGACCGAAUGCGAGGCGUGUGAAAGGCGACCUCGUCCCCGGGAUCCUGGCCACGCCACACCAGCCCCAUCGCCGUCGUCGUGUGGCCUCGGAUAACAACAGCGGCGCGACAAAUAAGGCCCCCCGUGUUUUAGUUUGGGAGACCCCUUUUUUAUGUACAUGCACACGUACGCGAACAUACGCCGAGGAUGAACAAGCGGCGUAGAACGUCGUCGGUGGCGAGCCGCGGCGCCGAGGAUGAUGGCGACGACGUCCCGCCCGAGCCGACCAAGAGGAGGAAAAAACUGGACCCUAGUGACCUGUGCCAACAACUGUACGAUAUACUUCGCAAUCAGAAGAAGGAGGAUGGAUCUCUGUUAUGCGACGCGUUUAUACGUGUGCCGAAACGUAGGCAGGAGCCAGGGUACUAUGAGGUGGUCUCCAAUCCUAUAGAUCUGUUAAAAGUGCAGCAGAAGCUGAAGACUGACGAGUAUCGCGACAUGGAUGAUCUUGCCGCUGACAUUCAGCUUAUGGUCAACAACGCUAAGGCUUUUUACAUGGUAAGAUUCCAUAUUCCACUCAAUUGUACAUAGUAUUUAAGCAGACUUCAAAGUACAUAUAAAACAUUUUAUUAUUAUUGAUAGACAUCGGCUGCAUUUAGCAGAAGUAAUUUGGCAGUUGUGUAAAAUUUUUUAAAAUAAUAGGUUUAAACAUUUAGAUCUGACAGUUACUAAGUAUAAAAAUAACUUAUAUUUAUGUAUAAGAUAUAAAUAAUUUAAACUGUUUUAUGUGUUAUCUGUGUAAAUAGUCCAUGGAUCCCAAAAGAAUCAGAUUUUAUUAGAAAUAGUAAAAA